CGUUUCCCUUCUCCAAAAAGUUGCACUAGAUAUUUUUCUCUUUCUCCUGUGUCUCUAACCCCAAAGCAACAGCCACCACCCCUUUAAUUACUGUACGAAACUAACAGAAAAACAGAGCAAGAGCCAAGAAGCCAUUCUUUUUUCGGUGCUUCGCUAUUGCUAUGUGUGUCUCUGAACAUAUAGAGAUCGGUGUUAUUUGAUUGAGGGGUUUGUGGAGAUUGUGGUUUGCUGCUGGAUUAGGGAUGGAUCGAGAAGGAGGAUCCAACGGCGGAUCUUGCUACUACUCUGUUCUCGGGAUUCGCAGGGAUGCCUCCUUCUCUGAUAUCCGCACUGCUUAUCGCAAACUCGCCAUGAAAUGGCAUCCGGACAAGUGGACUCGGAAUCCGGGUGUUGCUGGAGAAGCGAAACGGCGAUUUCAGCAAAUCCAAGAAGCGUACUCAGUUCUAUCUGACCAAAGUAAGAGGUCAAUGUACGAUGCUGGGCUUUAUGAUCCUUUAGAGGAAGAAGAUGAAGAUUUCCGUGACUUCAUGCAAGAAAUGCUAUCGAUGAUGAAUAAUGUGAAAGACGAGGGAGAUAGCUUUGAAGAUCUGCAAAGGAUGUUCGUGGAGAUGGUCGGUGGAGAUGGCGCGGGCUUUGACCUCAAUGAAAAUCCAACGGAUAAGAAGAGGGCACGAGCCAACGUAUCCAAAGGUAAUACGACAAAACGCAACAAUUCUCGCUGCUGAUGCAUCGUACUGGAUAAAAGCUAUGGAGCCCAUUGUAUUUGACUUUUGUACCAAUGUGUUUUUAAUUUGUGAUGCCCUUUUGAUUUGUGAGGGUGGGAAUUGGGUUCUUAUUGGAUAGUUUAGUUUAGAAGACAGUUUGGUGUUUUACAGUUUUAGGCUAUCAUUUAUUUGAGUACUUUAUAAAAAAUAUGUGGAAGCCGUGAUGAUAGGCAUUUGGUUGGUGGAAUAAAAUUGCCUUUUCCUUUUAUUUGUUCA